AGUGUGUGCGCGUGUGCGCUGGCACUUUGACACCCGAACGCAUUUUGCUCAGACAGGCAAGCACGAGAGACCAGUCUCAUUAAAAUCUCGUCUACGGACCCUCCGCUGGUCGUGAGCGUCAUUACGCUACAACCACAUUCCCCACGGCGCUUUUGCUGCUGCUGCUGCUGUCGACGGAACCCCAAAGGCGCACACCGUGAGACGUGCGCUCAAAAAGGUGCGAGAAGGACAGGCCAGCCGCUUGGGGACAAUGGGACCGUCCCCGCGCUGUUAAACCAGGCAGACAAACACACAGGAGGCGGCAUGACCAGAACUGAGGAGGUCUGAACUUUGACUGAAUCCGCUGUGAUCUGGAUUAACUGCGACCGCAUCUGACCGGUCAGAAGAAGGGGAAAAGAUCAGAUCAGAUUUUUUUUUUUUUAUCAACGUGUCAAGUUAAUAGCUAAUCCACACUAUGGCUCCUGGAGACCGCCGUCUGAGAACCUGGCAGGUGCUACUGACCAUCUCCUUGCUCAUCAUCCCUCUGUGUGCACAUAACGGGCGGCACUCACUGGCCAGACGGCAUCCUCACCACAACCACUCAUCUGUCCACAAGGAAGCCUUGGACACCAGAAUGGUUCUCAGUGAUGACUCAGCAGAGAGAGAGCAUCUGAUUGGGGCAGGAAUUGGCGCCAGGCUCCCGCUCAGCUCCGCCAGACAUCACCACUCUCACAAACGCCACCACUUGGAUUUUGUAGAGGAGGACCAACAUGGGGAGGAACUAACAGCUGGGGGGGCGGGGGCAGGACCAGACCAUCCCAGUAACCCGUUAUCUGAUGACGUUAUCACAGUGGCGUUUCACAGUCCAGCUCCAGAUGUUGUGCCCUCUGAUGUCACUCUGGAUUGGACGAAAACCCCCAAAGCUCAAAAGCAGAAAGGUGGAGACCCUGAUAAGUGGGCCAUAAACGAUUAUUACGACUACCUGUCUUCUGACAAUGACGUCUCAGCAGUAGAUACUACUCCAGUACCUGAACCAACCCCUUCACCUCCAGCGGACAUGGAGGAUGAGAAUCCACUCUUGGCAGGUUCCCCGGCGAUCCGCAAAGAUAUAAAGCCAAACGUCAGUGGUGGGUCAGCUUUACCAGCUCCUCCUAUGCAGGGACUAGACAACAAUGAUGGAGUGGGUAUAAGUGGGGCCAUGGGUGCGGAUGGCUGCAGGCUGGGCUUUGUGCUGUCUGGACCAGGAGUUUGUGUUUCUCAGUGUGAUAUUGAACCUAACUUUUGCUUCAAUGGUGGGAUGUGCACCGUGGUGGCAGGAAUGGGAGCCUUCUGUAGGUGUAAUGUACAGGACUACAUCUGGAAUAAAGGCCUGCGCUGUGAAUGGGCCGUGACGGAGUUUCAGGUGCUGUGCGUGGUGGUGGCAGUGGCGUCUUUCGUUGUCCUCCUGCUAUUCAUGAUUGUUGUCUUCUUCGCCAAGAGCCUGUACCGCCUCAAAAACGAGAACAUGCGCCUCCGCAAACGCAGUAAGUACCGCCCCCAGAGCACAGAGCCCCAGACGGAUGGCCUCUCGGUUUCGACGACAGCUGACGGCUCGCAGCCAAAUGUAAGGAAACUGUGUGACACCCCUCCGCCUGCCCCCCAAGCUCAUACUCACAACCUGGCGUACUAUGACAACAUUAUCUGUCAGGAUGAACCACAGAAGAAGGAAAACCAAGCCAAGUCUCCUCAGCCCAAGGAGGAGGGGUCUAUGAACAUCCUGAACUCCCACUCCCCGAAACAUGAGAACAACCGCCCUGACUCUGCAGUCCAUGGCCACACCCCCAACAACACAGAGGAAAAUGCAGAGGUAAACAUGCUCCAGAACAACCUGGUGUAGCGCCAGCACAUGAUUAAGUGUGCAGCUGUUGAAUCAAACAAAAAUAUUUUACGCAGAGCUCUUAGGAAAAAAAAAAAUGUUUACACCUUGCAAAGUAAGAUUUUCUAAAAGGACCUAGUAAGAUCUAAAGUUAAAAGUGAGCACAACACAUAUUUAUAGUUCCAACGAGAGAAGCACAAUAGUUCUGUUUACGCGGCUGCCAUGCUCACACCGAUCACACAGUGGCCCCGCCGCCUCAUUUCCUCCUCCUACCUGCCUUUAAUGCUGGACUAAAAUCUCUGGCUCGGACCAACUACUGACUGACUGUUCGCUCUACUGAUGCUCUGCCUUGGUCUUUUGGCCAAUGAACUUCUGCAUUGUCUUUUCCCCUACCCUUCUCUUCCUUUCCUCCUCCCCGCCUCUGCCUUUCCCCACCUAAGUGUGUCUCUCUGCCCGCAUGCAUUGGUGUUAUCAGCAAAAAAAAGUGUCUGAAAAACAUAUAAUUUGAAAAAAAAAAGGAAAUUAUGUGGAAAUAAAGUGAAUCUGUAUUUGCAAACGUUUAAUGUUCAACAUUUUGAAAAUAAGUGGAUAUGUCUAGAUUACAUGAGGAUAAAGUAACUGCUUGGAGUUGAUAUUUGAAUCUAUAUGCAUAUAUUACACACGCUGUGUCUUGGUUUUCAAUGUGUUUUGCUAUCUUUAAUGUACUUGAUAUUCUUUUUUACUUUUUUGGCUAUUCAUGGAGGGUUACAGUUCACGGUUGUUGGAAUAAAUCUUUUUAAUUCUA